GUGGAAGCAGAACAACAAGCAUUGAACUAUUUUACAACGUACUUUACUGAGGGUGGGGUGGACUUUGAGCAUCCAAAGCACUAUCUGUGCCUCCUAGUCUCCUGACAGAGCCCAGCUGAGGUAUAAAAGUCCCGAGCUCUAGCAGAAGAAUCAGUCUCGACCGAGUACUCGCUCUAACCAAAGGAGAGAGCUUCAACGAACCCAACAUGGGGGAUACAAAGCUCUGCCUUUUGCUGAUCCUCAGCACAUCUGCCUUGGCUUUUGCCCAAGAUGAAGACCAACCUACCUGCCUGUUGUCCCAAAGGUACAAGACCCUACACACGUAUGAAUACCAAUAUGAAGCUGAAUCUUUGAAUGCCAUCAACGGAGCCUCACAGCUCAAGAACGGACCCAAAGGCGCAUGCACGGUUUCAGUUGAAGUACCUCAGUCUUGCAGUUACAUCGUCCGCACCACUGGCUGUAGCCUGAGUGAGGUGGUCGAUAUGGACGCAGAAGGCAACGCUGUCUUCGCUCCUGCAGCCAGCUCUGAUGCCUUUGCCGCUGAAAUGGAGAAGUAUCCUCUGAAGGUCGUGGUUGAGGGAGUUUACGAUGUCAAACUGUACCCCGAAGACGGUGAGACAACCACCAUCCUGAACAUCAAGAGGGGAAUCAUUUCUGCUCUGGCUGUGCCUCUGCUGGAAGAAGACAAGAACAAGAACAUGCCCACCAUCCAUGGCAAGUGCAAGACCCAAUCCACAGUCAACGCAAGAGAGGACAUCGCAACUGACAUCAGCCUCAACAGGGACCUGUCUAGAUGUGACAAAUUUGUCCCACUGAGAGACCACACCAGCCCAAUGGCACUUGUCUCUGGCAUGCACUACCCUCUUGCCCAGAUGGUCAGAAGUUCCCAGACCUGCAACUACAAGUUCGACAAUGAGAACAAACACAUGACUUCUGGCUCAUGCACUGAAAACCACAUAUUCAUUCCCUACUCUCACAAGGGAGAACAUGGAAUUGUCAAUGUUGGGAAACAAGAACUGACCCUGGUUGGAGUUUCCUCUCACGACGAAAGAGUGUUUGACCACAGUGGCAUUGUGAAGGGUCUUCACAUGGACGCUGUUGAGGACAAGAGUGCUAUCCAGGAUAAAGAUGCAGGUCUGAACCUCCUGAGGGAACUGGCCUCUCUGCCCGAGAGUGAUGGUGAAAAGAGGGCCCACCUCUUCCACGUGCUUGUCAGUAUGGUCCGUGGAAUGAAGACCGAGACCCUGAGUCCCGCCAUUCCAGAGGCUCUUGAAGUGUCCAGUGUCCUAACCUACCAGGUUUUGGCCCAGUGUGGAACCCCUGAGUGCAGCAGUGCCAUCAUGCAGAUCCUCAGGACCUUUGACACCUCCUCACUGGAGGUUGAUGCCGGUGUUUUUGCUAUGGGACUGGUGUCCAAUCCCUCUGCCCUCCUGAUCAAUGACAUGCUCGAGAUGGCCAAAUACAAGCCCAGCAAGCCCAUCAUGUAUGCCCUGAGCAAUGUUGUAAAGAGGUUUUACAAAGCUGAGGGCAAACUGAUCCCCGAGAUUUUCUCUGUUGCUGAGUUCAUGGGUUCCCAGUUGGGUGACUGUUCUGGCGACAAGGACAACACUUUCAUGACAUUGAGAGUUAUUGGAAACAUGGCAGCAGCUAUGGGAGCUGCUGGACCUGCACUCAGGUCUGCUGUGAUCCAGUGUGUGAACCAACCUGCUGCUUCCCCGGCUGUGCAACAGGCUGCCAUCCAGGCCUUCAGACUGACUCCCGUCCCAGAGGAGGGCAGAGAGAUUCUCAUGCAAGUGCUUUUGGACGGCGCAAGCCCAAUGCAAAAGCGUGUUGCUGCAUAUCUGGUACUCAUGAAAGACCCCCAGCCCACUGAACUGGCCCAGCUGGCUGAUGCCCUGCCCAAUGAGCAGGACCAACAAGUCAAGAGCUUUGUGAUCUCACACGUUACCAACAUUUUGUCCUCAACUGAGCCAGCGACACAAGAACUGAGACAGAAGAUCCUUGAUGCACUUCAGGGCAAUGAGGUCGGGGCCACUAUGGACCCCACCAAGUUCUCUCGCAACUACAAGAUUGGAUCUGUGGAAGGCAACAUGUUCUUUGAGGGAAGCAGCUACUUGCCCAAGGAGGUCAUGCUUGAAAUGACUCUGAAGGCAUUUGGCUAUGACAUCGACAUGAUGGAGGUUGGUAUGGAGGGCAAUGGAUUUGAGCCAACUGUUGAAGCCCUGUUCGGAAAGAAUGGCUUCUUCCCCGACACUGCCCUGGAGACAAUGUACUUUGUCUCUGAAAACAUGCCACUCAGAGUCAAUGAGAUCCUGCAGAACAUGCUCCCUGCUCUGAAGAAGGACAGGAAGAAGAGACAGGCAUCACAGAACCUGAUGAGGGAGAUCGGACGCAACCUCAACAAACUCGUUAAUGAAAUGAAGACAGCACAGUCUCCCGAGGCGAUGGUUUACCUGAGGCUGUUGGGGAAUGAGCUGGGAUAUCUGAGGACCAAUGAAAUGGAAGAGAUGGCCUACUCUGCUGCCAUGAUGAUUGACAGCAUGUUCAAAAUGUUCCCAACUGAUAUCAUGAAGGCACUGAUGACCAAGGCUGACAACACAAUCUUUGCUCACUACAUCUUCAUGGAUAAUGAAUUCUUCCUGCCGACUGCCACUGGUGUGCCCCUGAGGAUUGCAAUGUCUGGAACUUUCACCCCUGGCAUCAAGGGAGGUCUUCAUAUUUCCCGUGACAUGAGCGAAGUGACCUUUAUGCCUUCUGCCGGCAUCGAGUUUGUAUCAGAGAUUGGCUCCCACAUCCCUGAAUAUAUCAACUCUGGUUUAGAGAUGCAUACCAACAUUUUCCACGAAAGUGGGCUUAGUGCAAAGAUCUCCAUGGAGAAGGACAAUGUGAAGCUGACCAUCCCUGCCCCAACACGUCCUACAAAGCUCAUCAAAAUGACAAACACCUUGGUGGCAGUGACUGGAUCAGAGGUGAAGACCAUCCCUAUGGUGAUGGACAAGGUUGAUGUUAGCGAGUGCACUCCCUUCUUUGCUGGAAUGAAAUACUGCACUGAUCUUCAGUACACUGAUGCUUUCUCUCACGAGACAGCCCCCUACUUCCCCAUCACAGGAGACAGCAAACUUGCUGUGGAGCUCCACCCCACUGGAGAAGUCGCUGAGUACACAGCCACCAUUGCCUACGAGCUUCUGAGAGAGGGAGAAGAGGGACGGCAGAAGGUCGACUCUGUGAAGAUUGUUCUGAGGGCUGAAGGUGCUGAGCCCACUGAGGCCACAGCAAUCAUGAAAUAUAACAGGAGAAAGAAUGUCAUCACAGCUGACAUCCAGAUCCCAGACUACGAUGUGGAGGCUGGACUCAGGCUGGGUGUUGUCGAUGGAAACACCAAGGGAAAAGGAACUCACUCCAUCUCCCUUGACCUCAUAAACAAUAACAUCCCUCAGCUUUCUCUGGUUGGCCGUGCCAAUUUGAAGGAGAUGAAGGAGGCUAUGCUGCAAGUCCAACUUCUUGUCCCCUCAAUCAAUGCUGAUGCCACCGUCACAGCUAACAUGAAACGUGAUGAGGAAUUGGAGUUGGAGCUUAAAAGUGAAAUCAAGGUUAUGGCUGCCACGUCUGAGCAGAAAAUCGCAAUGAAAUACGAUGCCAGCAAGUUUGAGGUUGAGUUCAAGUCUGAUGUGAACACUGAGACAAGACACUGUUCCUGAAGACCGAGGGAAAGGCUGUCUACCACUUCAACAAUGAGCACUUCACCAUUGCUAUCCCUCUCCCUCUUGGAGGAAAGUCAACAGAAGAACUUAACUUCCCAGCAG